CCAAAUUUGAAAGAAGCCACUGGUUUCUCUUCCCUUUUCCCGGCAAAAAUAAAUCCAACUGAGCAAUUGAUUGAAUCGGUUCAAUAUGUCUAAACUAACCUUUCCACUUCUGAGCCUCUUCCUAUACUUACUCAUAACAUCUAUACCCUUCCUUGUAAUUUCACAAAAUGUUGACACAGAGCUUGACAUCCUCUUGAAGCUCAAGCAACAACUGGGUAAUCCACUGUCUCUACAGUCCUGGACCUCCUCAUCCUCGCCGUGCAGUUGGACGGAGAUUUCAUGCGCCGACGGUAAGGUUACCAACCUUUUGCUCAGUAACAAGGACAUCUCAGUAGAAAUCCCGGCAACAAUCUGUGACCUCACAAACCUCACCAUUCUUGACUUGUCCUUUAACUACAUCCCCGGAGGAUUUCCAAGAGCUGUUUUCAACUGCUCAAAGCUACAAAGGUUGAAUCUUUCUCAAAAUUAUUUUGUGGGUCCAAUCCCGGAUGAUAUUGAUCACUGGCUUUCAAAUCUCAAAUAUUUAGACCUCGGAGCUAAUAACUUCUCCGGUGACAUUCCGCCUGCGAUAGGUAACCUAACGGAGUUGCAGUACUUGUAUCUGAAUUCAAACCAGUUCAAUGGGACGUUUCCGAAGGAGAUCGGUAACUUGGCCAACCUUGUAGAAUUAGGCUUGGCCUAUAAUGGGUUUGUGCCUUCAACAAUUCCGGUGGAAUUCGGCAAGCUAAGCAAGUUGACAUUCAUGUGGAUUAGAUAUGCCAAUUUGAUCAGUCCCAUCCCAGACAGUUUUGCCAAUCUUUCAAGUCUUGAGCAUUUGGAUUUGGCAGUAAACAAUCUGGAAGGUAGUAUUCCUGAUGGGUUAUUUUUGUUGAAGAAUUUGACCAAUUUGUAUCUGUUUCGCAAUAAAUUGUCUUGGGAGAUCCCCCAGAAAGUAGAAGCAUUGAAUUUGGUUGAAAUUGAUCUUGCUAUGAACAACUUGAAUGGCUCAAUACCGGAAGACUUUGGCAAGUUACAGAAUUUGAAACUUCUCAGUCUAUUUACCAAUCAGUUAUCUGGUGAAAUACCCCCCAGUAUAGGCCUUAUUUCUACACUGAAAACUUUGAAGGUUUUCACCAACAACUUGAGUGGGGUCUUGCCACCAGAACUAGGCCUCCAUUCAAAGCUCGAACAUUUUGAGGUUUCAACCAAUCAUUUCAGUGGCCAGCUACCAGAAAAUCUAUGUGCUGGAGGUGUUUUGCUAGGUGUUGUUGCAUUUUCAAACAAUCUCACUGGGGAGGUUCCUCAAUCGCUUGGAAACUGUGACACUUUGCUCACGGUUCAGCUUUACAACAACAAAUUUACUGGCGAAAUACCUUCAGGUAUUUGGACAGCAGUUAACAUGACAUACUUGAUGCUAAGUGAUAAUUCAUUUUCAGGUGAACUUCCAAGCUCUCUGGCUUCGAAUUUGUCCAGGUUGGAGAUUAGCAACAACAAAUUUUCUGGUCCAAUUCCUACAGGGAUAUCUCGUUGGGUGAAUUUGAUUGUUUUUGAGGCAAGCAACAAUCUGUUUUCAGGUGAAAUUCCAGUGGAAGUGACCAGCCUACCUCUUCUUACUGCUCUUUUCCUUGAUGGUAAUCAAUUUUCAGGUCAACUUCCAACCAAGAUAAUCUCCUGGAAGUCACUGACUACUUUAAAUCUCUCAAGAAAUGCACUUUCUGGCCAAAUCCCAACAGUUAUGGGGUCUUUACCUAGCCUUUCUUACUUGGACUUAUCUCAAAACCAUUUCUCUGGCAAAAUCCCAUCCGAGUUAGGCCAACUAAAGCUUCUAGAACUCAACUUAUCCUCCAAUCAACUUUUUGGGCAAAUUCCGGAUCAGUUUGAUAACCUUGCUUAUGAGAACAGCUUCCUGAAUAAUUCUAAUCUCUGUGCUGUUAAUCCAGUUCUAAACCUUCCAAAUUGCUAUAUUAGACCCCGCAGUUCCAAAAAACUGUCCUCUAAAUUUCUUGCCAUGAUUCUGGUUCUUGCCAUAGCUAUUUUCAUAGGUGCUGCUAUAUUAACCUUGCUUGCAUUUAGAGGCUAUCAGAGAAAGAAGCAAAAACGUGAUCUGGCAACAUGGAAGCUGACCUCAUUCCAGAAAGUGGAUUUCACAGAAGCAAAUAUUUUGGCAAGUUUGACAGAAAAUAAUCUGAUUGGAAGUGGAGGGUCAGGAAAGGUAUACCGCAUCGUUGUGAACCAUGCGGGAGAAUUUGUUGCUGUUAAGAGGAUUUGGAACAGUAAAGCAUUUGAUGAGAAGCUCGAGAAAGAAUUUGUGGCGGAGGUUCAAAUCCUGGGCACAAUUAGGCACUCAAAUAUAGUGAAAUUGUUGUGUUAUAUUUCAAGUGAAGAAUCAAAGCUUCUUGUUUAUGAGUACUUGGAGAAUCAAAGCCUGGACAGAUGGCUUCAUGGAAAGAACAAAAGAUCAUCAUCAGCGGCAAACUCGAUCCAUCAUGCUUUCUUGGAUUGGCCUAGAAGGAUGCAGAUUGCCAUUGGAGCUGCGCAAGGAUUAUGCUACAUGCACCAUGACUGCUCCCCACCUAUCAUUCAUCGAGAUGUCAAGUCUAGUAACAUCCUGUUGGAUUCUAAAUUCGAGGCAAAGAUUGCAGAUUUUGGACUUGCCAAAAUGCUGGCUAAGCAAGGACAAGCUCACACGAUGUCUGCUGUAGCGGGCUCUUUUGGUUACAUUGCCCCAGAGUAUGCUUAUACAACAAAAGUGAAUGAGAAGAUCGAUGUUUAUAGCUUUGGAGUUGUUCUCCUGGAACUGGUGACAGGAAGAGAAGCAAAUGUUGGGGAUCAGAAUACCAGCCUUGCAGAAUGGGCAUGGAGGCGAAAUUUAGAGGGAAAGCCUAUCGUUGAUUGCCUGGAUGAGGGAAUUAAGGAAUCAUGCUACCUGGACGAAAUGACCACUGUAUUCAAGCUAGGACUCAUUUGUACUAGCACUGCACCAUCUACAAGGCCUUCUAUGAAGGAUGUUUUGCAGAUUCUACGUAGAAUUUCUCCGAGGAAUUAUGGAGAGAAAUUGGGAAGCGAAUUUGAUGUUACUCCUCUUCUUGGCAAUCCUACUUAUCUUUCUAGUUACAGGCGAAGUAAUAGAGUAUCAGAUGAUGAAUACGAUAUUAGCUUAGAUUACAGCGUGUGAAGUCUGAUAAUAGUGCUUUUUUCUGUCUUUUUGGAGUGUAUUAUAUGCUAUAGUCAUGAAAAUAAUCAUUAGGAAGCAAGUUUUGCAGCCAAUUGCUUACAAUUAUAUCGCCAUAUUUAGUUCCUCUGUUUUCAAAAGCUUUCUGCUUCUUCCUUCAGCGAACUAUAUUUUGAU